CGCACUUCUUCAUCUUCAGCGGUCGUUCUCGUCGACCACGACUUUGUUGGGUCUCGGACUAUUUUCCUCGCGACACCAUCGUGUUCAGUCCAGUGUCUCCGAGUCUGGAGCCACGACGCGUUUGUCAUGGUGCGCAAGAAACAGUGACGCAUUUCAGAAGCACACAGUCGGAUCAAGAAUGGAUCGCAUCGCAGGGACGAGACAGAACCACACCGGGACUGACACCGCGGGUCACGGCGGAGGUCCGCGCCGCGCCUACCUUGCCCUGCGUCAUGGUCGACCUCGCAGUGGAUGCCGAACGUCCUCUUGGUGGUGCGACUGAUGCUGAGGCCAGUGAUGUAACGCAGGCCCCUCCCACACGCACCGGGACGUUCUGGCAGCAUCCAGGUGAAGUUGGCAUCACCCAGAGCGUCUGGACUGAACCACGGACUUGAGAGAGGGGAGUGGGGGGCCCGGCGCCAGGAGCCUUCUGACCCGCGGGAGAGCUGGUUCUGAACACAAGUGGAGCACACCAACUUUUCUGUGUCGAUACACGCAGGCAGGGCUCCUGGGUUGUUCGUCCAGCAUGGCCCUGAUGCAGGCCAACAACCACACGGGCCAGAAGAAAGCAAUGAUGUCAUCGCUGGCUCACAGAUCCAGUCCUGCCUCGCAUCAGAACCACCCUGGACACCAGGCUCACCUGGGGCAGCAGCACCACCACCACGGUCUGAUGGGUCACCUGCAGACGGGAAGCUGCUCCACACUGCUGAUCAGGAAGGACGGAGAUUAUCACGCAUCCAGGAUGCAGGAGAGCAACCAGAACCUGCAAUCAAAGAAGAAGCACAAGAGGUCACCCAGCAAAGUCAAAGAAGAGCUGGAGCCGCUGCUCCCACAGAUGGACCUGGACCUGGACGGGUCGCUGAAGGUUCAGAAGAACUUCAUCUGCGACCACUGCUACGGUGCGUUCCGGAGCAGCUACCACCUGAAGAGACACGUGCUGACUCACACAGGGGAGAAGCCGUUUGCCUGCGACUCCUGUGACAUGAGGUUCAUCCAGCGCUAUCACCUGGACCGCCACAAGAGGGUGCACAGCGGCGAGAAACCCUACCAGUGCGACCGCUGCCUUCAGAGUUUCUCGCGGACGGACCGGCUUCUGCGACACCGACGCUUGUGUUCUGCUGGAGGCAGCAAGGAAGACGACCAGUCGUGCUGCGACACCCGAGGCACCGGCUACACGCAGGACUCCUCUGCCUCUUGGAGCCCCGUGCAGGCGGCCGUGUGACACCAACAGAACCUCGGCCUCUUCGGAACCAUUUUGUAUUGUCUGUGGACUCGUGGAGCCGAGUGGCGCCCAUGUUCUGUGUGACUUUCCCCCGAAAACCCACCUUCCCCUCCUCCGGACGGCCGGUGACGUUCUCACCGUUCUGCAGCUAUUUUUAGAAAACACUGAGUGGGGCGCCACACUGUGGCCAGAAAGUCAUGUGGCGCUUGUGCACUCAUGCUGUGAGUGUGCACACAAAAUGACCACCACCUGGAGGCGCUCACUGUCAGUCAGGUAGUCACCUGACACCGUCCUCUGCUGCCUUCUCUCCAGCGUGUGAUGUCAGCACUGACUGGCAGCACAAUCAACGUUCAGGUGUCCAUUCACAGAACAACCUGGCCCGACCGCCAGCAAGGCUCUCCCUGGCGGUGACGCACAGGCUCAACAGUGACGGGUUGUUUUGAGGAAAAGAACUUUAGUUUCUCCUCUGAAUGUAGAACACGCUUCCCACAAGGCUGCCCUGGUUUUCCCACAUCAUGUGCCCACUCUGCUCGACUCAAGGUCCACUGGACUCCAAACUCUGGUUCUCAACUCUCCAGUCCCGGAGACUGGUGGUGGAGAAAGGUCCUCUGGUCUGGUCCGGCGCCGGCGGUGUGAGAGAGGGACCUGCGGUUGUAGACUUCUGCUCUAGUUUCUGCAGUAAAUCAGGAGUCGUAGAGGGACCGGUUUAUAGUUUCACUGCGUUGCAGGUGUGUUCUUCAAGGGUAGGUCCCGUCUCAAUAAACUGU